GGGAAUCACAGCUGUGGAGAGCAGGUGCAGCCGUCAGUGCCAAUGGAUCAGCCCGUGCAGCCAUGGGAGUACAGCCUGCGGAAGUACCUGCUGCUGCUGGCCACCCUGGUGGUCACCGUCACGUACGCCGCCGGCUUCAACCCGCCGGGGGGAGUCUGGCAGAACGCCCUCGGCGGCCGACUCGCCGGCGACCCCAUCAUCCGCGACACCAACUACCACCGCUACCUCGCCUUUUUCUACUGCAACGCCACAGCCUUCGCCGCGUCGCUCGUGGUCAUCGUCCUCAUCCUCGUCCUCGCCAUCCGCCACGACAAGAAGGGGAAGGACAGCCGCUGGGUCGUCGUGCCCCUGCGGCUCGUCAUGGUGCUGGACCUGCUCAGCCUCAUGGGCGCGUACGGCGCCGGCACCUGCCGGGACAAGAUUUCAACCGUCUAUUCCGCGGUGCUGGUGGCCAUCGUCUUCCUCUACAUCCUCGUUCUCAAGUCGAUGGACUGCUGGGACAAGAACUCCGACCCCGGCGCCGGCUCCGGCCGCGGGAUGCCUGUCGCCAAUGGCAACACCGGCUCCGGCUCUGGCAGCGCGAGGCCCAAUCCUGACUCUGGCACCGGCACGAUUUCCACCUCCAUCGCCGGCUCCGACGGCGGGAUGCCCAUCUCCAACGGCAACACCAGCUCUGGCGGCGUCAUGUGCACUCCUGAUCCCGACUCCGACGCCGGCACGAUUCCACCCCCCAUCCUCGGCUCUGACCCCACGGUCGGAGAAGACAAGGAGCGGCUCCGCCACCACAAGGCCCACAAAAAGCUGAAAGCCGAAGAACGGCUCCGCAAGGUCCUGAUGCUCCUGGCUACGUUUGCGGUGAGCAUCACGUACGUCGCCGGGCUGAGCACGCCGGGCGGCUUCUGGGACAGCACCCAGGGCAGCCACCACCCGGGUGACGCGGUUCUCAAGGACAACCAUGGCCCGCGCCUGACGGUGUUCCUGCUCUGCAACACCACGGCAUUCGUGGCGUCCCUGCUCAUUACCAUGCUGCUCAUCAUCGACGGCAAGAAGCUCCGCAAGAAGAAGACGGCUCGGUCUCGCAUGCUCUACGGGUGCAUCGUCGUUGCCCUGGUCGGUCUCGUUGCGGCGUACAUCGCCGGCAGCUGCAGGGAGAUCGAUACCACCGCCUACGUGUUCAGCCUAGUUGGCGCCGUUCUGGCAAUGGCACACAUCAUCCUACUCUAUGGUAUCUACGCUUCUUCUCGUUCCAGUCCAGUGCAACAAACUGGAGAAGUUCAGCAGACUGUUGAUAAUGUCAGUGGUAGGAAGGCUCUGGACAAGGCUCGCUCUCUUGUUCUACUGCUCGCUACUCUUGCCGCCGCCAUCACCUACACAGCGGGGUUGGACCCGCCGGGUGGCCUUUGGCAGGACAAUAGCAACGGGCACAUGGCCGGUGACCCAAUCCUUCUCACGACCAAUGCUAGGCGAUACAAGGCCUUCUUCUACUGCAACUCGGUUGCCUUUGUGGCCUCCUUGGUAGCCAUCGUCCUAGUCCAGACAGAUAUUCUGGUCAGGCACCACGUGCUGGAGGCAGCCAUGAUACUCGAUCUGUUUGGCCUCAUCGGCGCCUAUGCCGCCGGGAGCUGCCGGGAUGUGAAAACCUCCAUUUAUGCCAUAGCUUUGGCAGGCGCCGUCCUGGUCUAUGUGGUGAUCCAUAUUGUCUUCUUCACGCUGGACCACGAGGACAAAAAGGACGACGACAAGGCAAAUCAGUUGUUGGAGAAGAGGCGCAAACGGUUGCUCCUCUUUGCGAUCUUGGCCGCGACCAUUACCUACCAAGCCGGCCUCACCCCUCCUGGCGGCUUCCUGCUCCAGGAUGACAAGCUCGGACACCACGCUGGCGACCCGGUCCUCUUGUUCAACUACCCACUCCGUUACAAGGUCUUCUUCUACUGCAACUCGGUGAGCUUCAUGCUGUCCAUCUCCCUCACCAUCCUCCUUGUGAACCACAAUCUGUACAGGCCAGCCAUACGAAGCAAUGCGCUAUUUGUUUGUAUGGUCGUGGGCUUGUUGUGUUUGAUGGUGGCCUACGCCGCCGGAAGCACCCAACACCUCAAGACAUCCAUCUACAUCUUUCUGUUGGUCGGUGCGGCCCUUCUCGUUGCAGCCGGACUCCUGCUAGUAUUUUUGCUGAAGAAAAAUGACAGCGAUUCAGCAGCGCAACACACUGAACAGAACCAAGAAAUGAAGGAGUUAGAAGUGAGGAAUGGGGAUAAAGAGGAAAGAGAGGAGGCAGAAGAAAAGAAUGGGGAUAAAGAACUAAGGAAGAAGGAGGUAGAAGAAAAUAAAGAAGAAAGGAAGAAGCACGAGAGGCGGAAGUACCUGAUGCUGCUAGGCAUCUUGGUGGCAAGCGUAGCCUACCAGGCCGGCCUGAAACCGCCCGGCGGAGCGUGGCAGAGCAGUGAGAAUGGGUAUGAGGCGGGCGACCCGGUGAUGCAUGAUAACAGGAGACCCCGGUACCUCAUCUUCUUCUACAGCAACUCCUUUUCCUUCAUGGCUUCCAUUGUUGUCAUCAUGAUGUUGCUGCCGCACUGGCUGCCAAACAAGAAUAAAGAAGAAUGGGAAAAAUGGUCGCUGAGGGUGAUGAACUGGACGAUCCUACUGGAUUUGUUCACUCUCCUGGUGUCCUAUGCAGCCGGCUCCAACAGGCAGUGGAAGACGUCGGUUUAUGUCAUCGCACUCAUCUUUGCUGUGCUGGUCUACUUUGCAAUCCAUAUGACGCUGUCAUGUACUGUGUGUCGCCCCAAGAGCCCCCAAAGCAGCUCUGAAGUGUAGCUCUACUAUGUGAGGGCGUCUGAUCCGCGAUCUAUCUAUUUCUCCGUCUCUAGAUUUCUAGUCAGCUUAAUUAGCUCUGUUCAAUCUCUCUGCUCUAGAUAGCUCUCUCUGUUUUUAGAUUCCUAGUCUAGCUGAUGUAAUCUGAUAAACCUGUAUCCCGAGUGGAGGUUGGAGCAAGCUGACAUUGUUUGUCGAUUCACCGGGGAAGUGCGUGUACCUUAACCCAAAUACGCAUUGUAGGUGAAAUUUCCUGGUCCUAUGUGCAAUCUCUGUCUCACAAAAACUUGAAUGGGAAGUGCACGAAUUGCAGUUC